AUGGCAGCUCUGCAGGAGAAGAAGACGUGUGGCCAGCGCAUGGAGGAGUUCCGGCACUACUGCUGGAACCCGGACACCGGGCAGAUGCUGGGCCGGACCCUGUCCCGGUGGGUGUGGAUCAGCCUCUACUACGUGGCCUUCUACGUGGUGAUGACCGGGAUCUUCGCCUUGUGCGUCUACGUGCUGAUGUCGACCAUCGACCCCUACACGCCCGACUACCAAGACCAGCUCAAGUCGCCAGGGGUGACCUUAAGGCCAGAUGUUUACGGGGAGAAAGGCCUCGAGGUUUUCUACAACAUCUCUGACAACAGCACCUGGGCAGACCUCACACGCACGCUCCACGCCUUCCUGGCAGGUUACUCUCCGGCCGCCCAAGAGGACAACAUCAACUGCACCUCGGAGCAGUACUUCUUCCAGGAGAGCUUCGGGGCCCCCAACCACACCAAGUUCUCCUGCAAGUUCACGGCAGACAUGCUGCAGAACUGCUCCGGCCUGGUGGACCCUGACUUUGGCUUUGAAGAAGGAAAGCCGUGUUUCAUUAUUAAAAUGAACAGGAUAGUCAAGUUCCUGCCCAGCAACAGCUCGGCCCCCAGAGUGGACUGCGCCUUUGCGGACACGCCCCCCAAGGACGCCGAGCCGCUGCAGGUGGAGUACUCCCCGCCCAACGGCACCUUCAGCCUGCACUACUUCCCCUACUACGGGAAGAAGGCGCAGCCCCACUACACCAACCCCCUGGUCGCCGCGAAGUUCCUCAACGUCCCCAAGAACACGGAGGUCUCCAUAGUGUGCAAGAUCAUCGCAGAGCACGUGACUUUCGACAAUCCCCAUGACCCGUACGAAGGGAAAGUGGAGUUCAAGCUCAAGAUCCAGAAGUGA